AGAAAGGGUGAGUGUUGCUACUUGCUGUACGAGCUGUGAGGGGUGUAUUGUUGUACUGUCAUCGAUGUCUUCAUCUUCGAUUCCAAUUCCAAUCGCCAUGCAUUCUUCUUCAACUGUGUCUGCCUCUGUGACGGUGACGCAGAUGCGUAUUACACAGACGGCAAAUUUCAAACCUCUGAGCCACCGUUUGGGCAGAGGCUUGCCGCUCAUCCAGCUCCAUCGCCGCCUCAACUAUGGCGCCUCUUUCCGCUGCUCAGCUGCUUCUUCCGGUGGUGGUGACGGCGAUGCUAUCGUUCUCCAUGUUGGGGGGAUGAUGUGUGAGGGUUGUGCAGAUAAUGUCAAAAAACUUCUUCAAAGUCGACCACAAGUGUCAUCUGCUAGUGUAAAUCUAGCAUCUGAGAUAGCAAUAGUUUACCCUGCAUCCGAAGAAAAAACGGCACCAGAUUGGCAAAAGCAAUUAGGAGAGGCACUUGCGGAGCAUUUAACUAACUGUGGUUUCAGUUCUAGCCUUCAAGGUCACCAUAUCAAUGCAAAAGUGGUCGUCUAAGUAAAUGUUAGUCUCUGCGGCCACUUUGAUUAUUGGAGAGCCAUGUUUGUGCUCGAUUGGCCCCGAAUGCUAUAGAAUUUACUGAUGUUCAAUUUAAAAUCAGCAAUCCUGUAGUUGUAACAAAUCUUGUGGAUUCAUACUUCACAUGUGAAGUUGGCUGGGCUGUUGCCUGUUUGUAUAAUACACUGAACUUAUUCUAGGUAGUAUUUCCAUGACGACCGGUUGCUUCAAGAUGUUAAUAAAAUGAAAUGGUAAAAACAUUGUAGAA